AUGUCGUUUACGAUACUGUUUACGUUCCUCUUGACAAGUGCAACAUCUGCGCGACCGUUAUGGAGAAAGAUUGUUAUCGCCGGUGGAAUUCGUGACUUCGAAAAUCUAACUUCUCACCUGAAACAUCUGGAGGAAUCUCUGUACGGUGUUCCGGACGAUGGAACUGGAAGGCGAGUGGCAGAAUGGAGCGGGAACAUGUCCACCAAUCCGGAAGAGUUGGGAUCCUACGCAGAAGGUGACAUCCUAUUUCCGCUGGGAAAUGGAAGGAGCGGUCUGAGAGCGAAUUCUGCGAGAUGGCCGAAUGGUGUCGUGCCUUAUGUCAUCAGUCCAUAUUUCAACGCCGAACACCGGGGAUUGAUUUACGAAGCAAUGAACGAUUACCAUAAGUACACGUGUAUCCGAUUCAAGCCGUACCGCGGCGAGGAAACCGAUUACAUCAGGAUCACUGCCGGUAAUAGCGGUUGUUGGAGCAGUGUGGGAAGAAUAGGCGGAUGGCAGAACGUGAAUCUUCAAGUACCCGGGUGUGUGACAAGGAAGGGCACGGUGAUCCAUGAAUUGAUGCACGCCGUUGGAUUUCUGCACGAGCAGAGUAGAUCCGAGAGGGACCAAUACGUUACGAUUCAAUGGGACAACAUUCUGAACGACCACGACGGUAAUUUCGAGAAAGCUUCAAGGGAGACAACGAACGACUUUGGCAUUGGUUACGAUUACGGAAGCGUGAUGCAUUAUUCAUCGUAUGCAUUUUCGAAGAAUGGCAAACCCACCAUAAUACCCAAAGGCAACGUCGGGAUUAAACUGGGUCAACGGGAGGGAUUCAGCAAGAGGGACAUACAGAAAAUUAGGAGGAUGUACAAAUGCAAUCACAACGGUUGA